UCUGCUAAACAUAGAUUACUCUUCAAAUCUUCUUGUUUUUUAGGUAUUUACUUUUAGAAAAAGUAAUUGAUCAUGAGUGGGAGUACAAUGUAUGAUGAUGCGGAGCUGACUUCCCCUUCUCGGACAGUGGUCUUAGUUGGACGGACAGGCAAUGGGAAAAGUGCAACAGGGAACAGUAUCCUUGGACGGAAAGCUUUCCAAUCAAGAGCAAGCUCCUCAGGGGUUACAACUACCUGUGAACUUGAAAGUACUGUGUUAAAAGAUGGUCAGAUUAUUAAUGUCAUAGACACUCCUGGUCUGUUUGAUUUUUCUUCUGGAUCGGAAUUAAUGAAGAAAUGUAUUAAUUUGGCUAAGGAUGGCAUCCAUGCAAUCCUUGUGGUUCUCUCUGUUAGGACCCGCUUCUCACAAGAGGAAGAGGCUACGAUUUGUAGCUUGCAAAACUUCUUUGGUGUAACGUUUUUGCACAAAAGAAAAAUGGAGAGAAAAAACAGAGAAAAAAAUGAGCAGAACUUAGAACAUGACAUUGAACAUAAAAGCCAUAAACAUGGAAGGGUGCGUACAGUCACCCAACCGGAGAGAAGAAACCAUGCUCUCUUUCUCUCAAUUUUCACUCAAUUUCUUCCUUCCUUUUUAUAGAGGAAGGCUACACAUAAAAUAAUAAUAUUUUCUACCUAAAUCAAUAAUUAUUAACUAUCUUAAACAUUGACUAAAAUGAUGAAGUUUGCUGCCAUUUCUUGUGGCGCAUGUGAAGCUCCAUUGUGCUGUCACUUUGCUGCUACUGUGCAGUCAUGUUGCAGCUCUCAUGUCUUUCCAUUUGCUGCUACUUUGGCAGCUUGAACACCAUAA